AAGCGGCACAACACAUGUUUCUAGAUCAGAUUAUAUUUUUAGGUUGCGCACCGCAGAUCUUUUUUCAAAUCCAAAUUGUCCCAAAAUAACUCUCGGAAGAAGAGAGUCGAGAGGCUGCGCGAAUAUUCUAGCACCACGAGGACCGAGGUUAUAAAUCCGCCGCUGCGCGAAAGUUGUUGCAUUAUUUAACUUCACUUUUUCAACUGCAGCAAAAGAGAUUUUGCUCCUGCUGUUCCGGUGAUUCACCAUAAAACAUACCAUUGAGGACAAGAUGAAAGGAGACACGAAUGCAAUCGAGGAAGACGUCCAGAAAUUGAAACUUGAAGGAAACGAUGCCUUCAAGAGUAGUGCCUGGUUGCAGGCAGUCCACUGCUACACGAAGGCCCUGGAGCUGCACCCUGUACCAGACUCAGCUAGGGCUAUCCUAUUGAAAAACAGGGCUGCGGCCUACUUGAAAUUGGAAAAGUACAACAAGGCUGAGAAAGACUGUGAUGCGGCGAUCGAAAUCUGCCCAACUGACCCCAAGGCUCUUUUUAGAAGGGCAAACGCUCUUGAAGCUUUGGGACGAGUCGAAGAGGCUUACAGAGAUGCUACAAAUGCAAUGAAGUCCGACCCAACCAACAAGGAACUGCAGCCUCUUUUGUCUGGACUGCAUCUGAAGGUGCAGGAGAAGAUAAAAGAGCAAGCGAAGACUUCGGUCAAAGUGGAGCAAAUGAUGGAACUAUCUUUUGACCCCAGUCAAGAUAGUGAGAAGAGAGAAACGGCUAUGAAAAAUUUGGUCGUCUUGGCCAGAGAAAAAGCCGGAGCUGAUUUGAUGUGUCAGCAGGGGUUGCUGUCCAAACUGAAAACAGUCCUCAAACUUGAGAAGAACCAGGAAAUUUGUCUCGCUGCUAUUAGAACGCUGAGUGAGCUGUGCCAGCUCUCUGAGGAAAAAACAAUUACAGUUUUGAAUGACCUUGGCCUGCCCUGGUUCUUGGACACCUUCAACAGUGAAAGUGAGGCGCGAGUCAACGCAGCUCAGUAUUGCCUCCAGGCUAUUAUCAAUAGCCUCAGUGGACUGACAAACAAGCCUGAAAGCAAACCCAUCAAGGAAAAAUGUGAAGCAAACAAAGCUAUGAUUGACUCAUUGCUGACUUUUCUGACCGUUUCGUUGACAAGCCGAACAAUUACUGGCCAAGCUCGAGAUGCGAUCAUUGAGCUUUUGACAAGAAACUGCCACUUCUCCACGCUCGACUGGGCUGAACAGUUUGUCUCGAUUGGCGGUCUCUACAAAUUGCUUGAGGUUUCUAGCGAGUUACAAGAGUACAAGUAUGAGUCGGCCAUGCCUAUUACAGAGAACACAAAAACUUUGGCCUCUGUGUGUUUGGCUCGUAUUUAUGAGAACAUGUAUUACGACGAGGCUAGGAAGAGAUAUUUUGACCGAGUCGAAGAGUUUGUGAAGGACAAGCUGAUGGCUCCUGACAUUGAGUCGAAAGUGCGAGUGACUGUGACAAUCACUACUCUGCUGCUUGGUGCCCUUGACGCUGGCAAUGCGAUGAUCGCCAAGGAAGGUGUCAUGGAGAUGAUCCUUGUUAUGGCCAAUUCGGAAGAAGAACUUCAGCAAAAGGUUGCUUGCGAGUGCAUAAUAGCCGCUGCCUCAAAAAAGGACAAAGUGAAAAGCAUCAUCAGUCAAGGAGUGCACAUUCUGAAGAGGCUGUACAACUCAAAGAACGACGCCAUCAGGAUCCGAGCGCUGGUCGGACUUUGCAAAUUGGGAAGCAGUGGAGGUACGGACGCGUCUAUCAGGCCGUUUGCUGACGGAUCAACCACAAAGUUGGCUGAGGCGUGCAGACGGUUCCUCAUCAACCCUGCUAAGGACACUGACAUACGUCGCUGGGCUGCCGAAGGUCUCUCUUAUUUGACUUUGGAUGCGGACGUGAAGGAAAAGUUGAUUGAGGACAGAAAAGCCCUGCAGGCAUUGCUCGACUUGGCAAAGUCAGGAAGCCAAGGCAGCAUCUAUGCUAUUGUGACUGUUCUUGUGAAUCUCGUCAACGCUUACGACAAACAAGAGGUUCUGCCAGAGAUGCUCGAGUUGGCCAAGUUUGCCAAACACCACAUCCCUGAGGAGCAUGAACUUGACGACCCUGAUUUUGUCAACAAACGUAUCGAGGUGCUGGCCAAAGAGGGCGUCACUUCGGCCCUUGUUUCUUUGGCGAGAACAGAGAGCUACAACUGCCGAGAACUGAUUGGCAGAGUUUUUAAUGCCAUCUGCAGUCAGCAAGAGCAGCGGGGAAGAGUUUCGCAGCAGGGUGGGGUCAAAGCGCUGCUUGGACUUGCUGUCGAAGGAACAGACAAGGGAAAACGUCAGGCUGCACAGGCACUGGCUCGAAUCGGCAUCACUAUCAACCCUGAAGUUGCCUUCCAAGGCCAGCGGUGCUUGGAGGCCAUCAGGCCGCUGGUUCACUUGCUGCACCAAGACUGCACUGCCCUGGAAAACUUUGAAGCCAUGAUGGCCCUUUGCAACCUCGCAGGAGUCAGUGAAGCUGUUCGCAAAAGAAUUGUGAAGGAACAGGGAGUUCAAAACAUAGAAAUCUACAUGUACCACGAGCAUCAGAUGCUCACGAGGGCUUCCGUUCAAUGCAUGGUCAAUCUUCUGCUUUCUCCCGAGGUGAUCAACAUGUUUGAAGGCGAAAAUGACAGGACGAAGUUCCUCGUUCUCCUCUGCUUGGACGAGGAUGAAGAAACGUCAAAGGCAGCUGCAGGAGCCCUUGCCAUUCUUCUAUCGGCUUCCACAAAGUGCGCUGACAAGGUCCUCAAAGUUAGCAGUUGGCAGGAGUCUCUGAGAUUCCUGCUUGCCAACCCCAACCUAGAAGUCCAGCACAGAGGCCUUGCAAUUGUCUUCUCGCUGCUUGCCUCGAGCAAGGAAAACGCAACUGAAAUUGUCGGCUCGGAUAUAUUUGACCUUCUACUUGCCCACUCGCAAUCAGAUGGCGACACCAAAGAGAAGGAGAAGUUGAAGAAAAUUGCUCUCGACUGUCUUGAACAAGCUGAAAAAUGGUCUCUUGUUGCCAAAGCAGGAAGCAUCGAAAAUGUGCCUUCAGAUUUGCCAGAUCUUGUUGAGUGAAACAGGUGCUUUAACUGAAUUGUGAUGGACCAACUUAGCCUUGAUGAAUGACUGAUAUUCAGUAUUAUGCUGCAUUAAUCCGUAGUUUGAAGCCAUGAAUUUUUCAUUCUAUAUUAAGUUGACAUUUAUUUACUAAUUUCAAAUUCUAACAAAAAUCGCUUGAUGUUUUAUCUAUUUUAAAUAAAACAGGUUGAAUCAAUUUGGUGUAGAUUU